AUGAAGAGAGGUGCGCCUGCUCUAACUUGCAGUGAUAAAUUGUCGGAAAAACCUUGGACGAUGCGAAGAUCAUUAUUAUAUUGUGUCUGAAUUGCAAUAUAGUUUCUGUACACGCGUUUUCGUGAAAAUAGUGAACUAUUUAACUGUGACAAUUCUAAACAGUGGACAUGAGCCACCCUCGAAGUGAUGUCAACAUAUGCACGGCGGCGCAGCUGAGAGUGAUGUUGCCGACGUCAGUGGAACAUAGUAUGCCUCCACCGUUUAUCGAUAUAAAUAAUAUUCAUGAUAUACCACCUCCUCAAGCAGAUUUCUCAGCACCGCCCCCUUAUGAUGUGGCUGCAAACUCCAAACUCCCUACAUAUGAGGAAGUUCAGAGGGAAAAACAGAUGGAGGGGGAAGACCUGCCACAGAUGCAAGGCCCCCCUCCAAACCACCCGACGUUUGCGGCCUUCGUAACGGUGGAACCGACCGAGGGUUCAGCUGAACAACUGGAUCCCGAGAACAGUCUACUUGGCACAGACAUCAUGUUCUUAACAUCAUUUUUUGUGGCAUUCCUGUUCAACUGGAUCGGUUUCCUGCUCCUGAUGUGUUUCUGUCACACGGUGGCGAGUCGCUACGGUGCUCUGGCCGGCUUCGGACUCUCUCUCGCUAAAUGGACACUUAUUGUGAAACACUCCACCGAGCUCGCGUCCCACGAGAACUCCUGGCUUUGGUGGCUUAUAAUGGCGUUUGGUAUCUUAAUCUGCGUUCGUGCUAUCAUCCAGUACCUGAACAUCAAGCGCGGCUGGCGUCUACUUUCUGGCACGGCUCAAGAGCGACUGCUCUUCUUCUACUAAACCGCACGCUUUUGUUUCACUCACACUCGCAUGUAAGCUGGUAGUGCGACAAGGAUGGAUAUAUGUUUCUCGUUUAGAUUGUAAUGUCGUUAUAGUAAAGUGUAAAGACGUAAGAUGUAUCCUUCACUGCGAGUUGUCUUGCCCUUUACGGUGAAGCUAUUGGGAUGAAUCUAUGAUAAAAAAGUAAAAUGAUUGUUUAGAACAUGCUUAGUGAAUGUUUAAGAAAUAUCAGUAAUGCAUAAGGACAUCUAUUAACUUCUAAAUCCGUGUUAUCACACCAUUGAUCGAUACUCAGAGACUGUAAAGACAUACUAGAGCCAUCUAGUGUUUGAGAGAUUUUAACGAUUUUACAAAGCAGCGCCAUCUCUGUGUCGCAACAGACAACAUGGUUCUAGUAUGUCUAAUAUAAUCUCUGUCCGGAUUGUUACUAUCAUCACAGAGUUGUGUUUCAAAGACAUGAUAAGCCAAUAUUUUACUAUGUGUAGAUAUAAUUUUAAUUUAUUAUUAUAAGUAGCUCAGCUUUAGUCUUAUAUUUGAGCAGAUAUUUUUUAUAUAAUUAUGCAAGUUUGAUCGGGCCGAUUGUGAAUGGAUAGGAAUGUCUCACCGAUGUGAAGUGUAUUGGUAAAUAAUAUUCGGGUACUUAUUUUGUAUAGCACUACUAAUGGUUAAAAGAUUACAUUUAAUUGGAUUUAUUAAGUUAAUAAACUCGAAUUAUAAUUUUUCGAUCAUGUGAAAUCAUUCCGUGGGUGUAAAGUGCACUAGUUAAGUGUAGAGUUGUUAUUGUUAUAUUUCUAAGCUAAAGCACGCCGUCGUUGUUCGAAGUCAUUACAACAAUUACUUCAGGAUGCGUCCGUUUUAAACGAAUGUACAUCUCGCCUGCGCAUUUGCCUGAUACGGAAACAAGAUUUUUCUACAUACAAGGUGACUUGUAACUCGACGUAUUCCUCUCGGGAGGUGAUAAUACAACUAAUUUCUUACAAAAUUAGCCCUGGGGUCCGAAAGUGGCUAGUUUCUGAAAUAUUCAACAUUUUCUGUUUUGGCGAGAGGAAUACGUUGAGUUACAAGUCACCCUGUAUACAUACUUUAAACUUAUGUAUAAAGCUGAAAAGGUUGUAUAUUCGUUUGAACGCUCUAAUCUCUGGAACUACUGCCUCGGGUUAAAUGUUUUUUUCUCUAUUGGAUAGUCCAUUGAUCAAGUAAGGCUUAUAGACGCUACGAUUGAUAAGAAGCCAGCAGCGGGGGAAACCACGAAGGAGUGCCUAGUAGUACUAUAAAGAAGUAGCCGAAGCCUUUGCAAAUGGAAAGUAAUUUGAGCUUCAAAUAUUUUUCCAAACAACUUUAACCUUUCAUGUGUCUAUACGCGGAUCCACGCGAGACACAUUGCAUUUUCUAUUGUGUGUCAUAUCAGCGUAUUGCAGCGGUUAAAUAUUUGGUUUUAAGCUAGUUUUGGUAAUUACCAAUUUUAAUAUAAUUUAUAUUGUUUUUUUUUUGUUGUUUGGAAAUAGGUAUGUCUAUUUGCUUACACAGUCCCCGUUAUGGAGUUACCUUCGAUAGUAUUUUCCAUACUGUUUUUCAAAAUUAAAGGCGAGAUUUAUUCGGUUGAUGUCAUAUGAAGGUGCUUAUAUGCUAAAAGCCUUUGUAUAAGAUCUGAUUUUAUAUUUUUGUCAAUGAAAAUUAAAACUGCUGUGGUGUUAGCUUUAUUGCUAUAUUUGAUCACCGACGGAGUGUUGGUAAAAUAAAAUUUAUCAUAAAUUAAUUAAUUAUUAAGGAUCAAACUAGUGGCGAGGUCUGUUAGCCCCCUGAUCUCUGUAUUUUUUAUUUAAUUCAGUUAAAUAUGAAUUACAAUUCAUGUUACAUAUUAUAUUUUCAUCCACUGACUUCGUGGUGUAACUUAAUUGUAUUUUUAUCGAUAUAAUGACAUCACUAUGAAACAAGUUCGUUCAUACUUUAAACUAAGAGAUAUAUAACAUAUAUAUUAUUUAUUUAUAAUGUUAUUUUGUGAACGUGAUGGACCAUGGGUUUAACGAACCUCGCCGUGGUAAUAUGUGUAUAGAGCUAAAAUGGUGACUUAGAGCCGCGAUGUUAACAGCUAGUCUGUAUGUCUAUACAUUUUGAAUAUAAGCAACUACUUUAUUAGUUUAACGACUGAAAGUUUCACUGUAAAACUGAAAAGUUAUUGUUUCGGUUAAUAUAUAAUCGUUGCUUCUAAAGAAAGCACAAUUUAUUCAUGAUACAUUAUAAAAUAAUGAACGGAAAAUAGAAAUGGGGAUGCUAGAAAAACCAGACGAUUAAAAUAAUUUCUGAACCUAAAUAGACCGUAAGUUAAAGGCGGUAAAUAUGCUAUUGUUUUGGCCAAAAUAAUAACCGAUGGGCCAGCAGCCUACAGCAUAUUAAAAUUUUGUCUAGCAGGGCGCGCGAAAAGUAACUUGUCUCAUAGUUCUCAUUUUUUUAACAAAUAUUUAUUCGAUUGAUCUGACAAAGUAAUUUUGUGCUCAAACAAUCGCUUAUCGUUUACAAAUGUAACUUUCUUUCAUUUUAAAUUAAUAAAGUAGUUACCUUAUAAAUAACAAUGUGCUUUUACCGAUCCCUUUUAAAAUAGUCAUACUUAAAUUAUACAUUAUGUACCUGAUAAUAAGGUUCAAAUUGCAACUGUUUGCGGAAAAAAAUGUAUACGUUAGUUUCUAUAUUCCUUUGACUUUUACUGAAUUACAACGAAAGUGAAUGAAUUAAGUAUUAAUUUUAUUUUAUAGAGUAAUUAGACUUAUAAACAAGAGGCUAAUAAAAUUGAUCAUAAAGUUACCUAAUAUUAUUUUGUAGUCUGAAUUUCGUAAUAUAGAUAUUUUCCAGAUGCUCAACACGACACUAGCGCCUCUAAAAAUGAAACUUUUCAUUGAAAGAUCUCGUCAAGUAUUAAAUAUUUUAGGUUUCGAAACGGUUAUCUUUUCCGUUUUUAACUUACAUUUGUCUCUUUCUAUCAAACCAAUGAAAGAAAGAGAUAGAGUAACUAGAUAUUGGUGUGAAUGGAAACCUAAAAUACUCAUGAAACAGAUAUUAUUAUUUUUUAAAUUGAAAUUAGUGGUUUUGUUCCUAAAAUAAAUUAUUUUUCUUAUAUUUGGAGAGGAUUCCAGCGAUACUAAUUUCAGCGACAUAAUGAAAUGAGACAUAUAUUUAACAGGGGUCGGUAACUAGUACAUUGACCAUGUUUUUUGUAAAAUCCUAAAUACAUAACGACUGCUUUAAGAUUGAACCUCAAUAUGUUAUCAAGAGUAAUAUGUUAAGUUGGGUGCACAUUGUGUCAAACUUCAGUUCUGUCACUAAUGCGCGCUACACAGUACGCACCUUACGAUUUAACUGUACAUUUGAACUAUACAAUUAUAAUUGUACACUUCGACUGUACAGAUAAAUAAAAUACUAUUUAACUACAUACAGUAUGUACAGUCGAAUUGUAUAGUUAAAUCGUAAGUCCGUACAGCCUACACACCUUCAAGGAAAACUGUACAGUUGCAUAUAGGGCUGAUGCCGAUACGGAGCCGGGGCGAACGUAAAAGGGGUGGAUGGGGUGGUUUUUAGUCAGUAAGAGUCUAACACUCCCUCCUGCCUCCCAGAGGCGGAAGAAGUCAUUCGAUGAUUUUCAUCCCUUAAAAAAAGGUGUGUAGCCUACAUAAUUAAGAAAAUUAAAUUAUGGGAUACUGGUACUAGGGCGGCUGAAAUUCUUUCAAUCUUGAAUCUUUGUAUAAAUUUUUUAUCAUACUUAUAAACCUAGUUCGAUCCAUAGAUUUUGGAUUUAAAUCA